AUGGCAGCAACAAACAAUAAUUCGGAUCUCGAUGUUAAUCCAUUAGCAAUGUUAGCUGCACAAUGUAAUAAAUUUCAAUCAUCAAAUCCAAGUCCACCAUUAUCACCAUCAAAAACGAAUUUCUAUGCUUGGAAACGACCAAUAGUAAAUAAUCCAGCAAUGCAUUCAAAUUCUCAAAUAACAUCACCAUUCGUUCGAAUUAAUCAUUAUGAAAAUUCAUUAUUAAAUGGUAAUGGACAUUUAAAAGAAAAUUCAUCAGCAUCAUCAUCAUCAACUUGGAUGGAUAUUCAUCAUCAUCAUCAACAACAACAACAACAACAACAACAACAACAACAACCAUGGUUUACAACAAAUCAAGCACCUUCUAUUUUAAAUCAUAAUGAACAACAACAAACAUCUUCAUCUCCAUCAUCAUUAUUUUCUACAACAGCUAAUGUUCAAUAUCCAACACAUGUUCAAUCAACACAUUAUAAUGAUUUUCUUUCUGUUAAUCAUCCAUAUAAUACAGAUUCAUAUCGACAUGAAUUUCGUUUAUUUUAUCCACCUAUUAUUUCAUCUCAUACACCUUCACCACCUACAAUUCAAGCAUCAUCAUCAUCAUCAUCAUCAAUAACGAAAAGUACAUUAAAAAAACCUAAAACAACUCGUGCUCAAUGUGAUUGUCCAAAUUGUCGUGAAGCUGAUCGUUUAGGUUAUAUUUCUGGAUCAACUGUACGAAAAAGAAAUAUUCAUAAUUGUCAUAUACCAGGAUGUGGAAAAGAAUAUCAUAAAACAUCACAUCUUAAAGCACAUUUACGUUGGCAUACAGGUGAACGACCAUUUGUAUGUAAUUGGUUAUUUUGUGGAAAACGAUUUACUCGUAGUGAUGAACUUCAAAGACAUUCAAGAACACAUACAGGUGAAAAAAGAUUUGCAUGUCAAAUAUGUGGAAAACGUUUUAUGCGUAGUGAUCAUCUUAAUAAACAUGUAAAAACUCAUAUGAAUAAUAGUAUUAAUGAUGAACAUCGAUCAAGAAAUAUUGAAUCUAAUACACAAGAAAAUCAUAAUCAUCAGACAUAUCAUCAUAUACAUCAUCAAAGAUUUUUAUCAACUGAUAUUAAAACAGAACCGAGAAUGAAAGAUUAG